UCUCCAAACCCCUCCACGCCAUCCCUACUCUCUUCACUUUGCUACUCCCUCUCUAAUGGCAAUUUCGAAAUGGAAAUUCAGUCUCUUCUAGCUGCUGCUGCUGCGGCUAGAUUCCCUCCUUCGUGCCUUAGGCAUACUUCGAAGACGAGCAGUCCCGCCGUUUUGUGUCAUCGGAGAGAUUAAAAGAAUCGAGCUUUAGCUCUCAAAGUCAUUCUCUCUCCAUUUUCCAGUGUCUCUACACUCCGACAAUCGACACCGACGCCACUUCGAAAACACCGUUGCAGCUCGAGUCUCGCGGCUCUUCCGUCUUUCUUCCACAGUCUUUGUCGAGGAACCAGACAAAUUUCUACAGGUCUUUUCCUCAAUCCCCGAAUGAUUGUAUUCUUUUUAUGAAUUUUCGGAUUAACUUUUCUUAGCAUUUCGUUGUGCAUUUUAUGUAUGAAUGUAUGUUAUCGUAGGGGAGAAGCUCUACUGCAAGUAUUUUUGUUCAAAUGGAGUCAUGACUCAUUACCGUAGCAUACCCUCCAAGAAAUCAUGUAUUACAGAAGCAUACCCACCGAUUGUUUGUGGAAUCGUCUGAGCCAAUUUUUUGUUUCUUAGAUGUAGACAUGUAUCAAACCCACCCUGUUUGUGGAACUGUCUAACGAAUUUUGUUUUUUGUUUUGUUUUUUUGUUCUACACAUGCAUUACAGAAUUGGUUUGGAUUUGGUUUGGUUUGUAUUAUUUGGAAUCGUCUGAGGAGAUUUUAUUUUGUAAAUGUAGACGUGGAUUACAGAUUAUGGAUGGAUUUGGUUUGAUUUCAUGUAUAAUGUGUAUUAUUUGAUUUCAUAUAUGUUCGAUUGAGAGAGAAAAAGAACAAAAGCAUACCCAUGGGGCCACGAGGUUGCCGAGAUUCAGAAAGAGGAAGAGUAAAACAGAGUGGUAAAAUAGGAAGAAAAAGGAAAACGAAAAAACACUCUUGCUUUUUACAUUUACGCUUUUAAUAUAGAAUAGAAACCUCAAUGCCAGUUCCUUUUCCCUCGAAAUUCUGUUUCCCAAGGACCCAAACCGAGCUUCCUUCUUUUCUCCUCUUCACCAUUUUCGUUCCAUCCAUUGUCCAGAAACCCCAAGAAGGAUUUCACAAAAUCCUCCCAGGUGCGUGUGUGCUUUUCUUCCUGAUUUUCUUUGCUUCAUUUCUGUUUUUGGCAUUUGAGAUUAUUUUGGGAAAUACAUGUCGCACAGUCACUAGCCAGAGACACACUGAGCCUUUUCUGGCAUUUGGGAGGGGAUCUUGUAGUUAGAGUGAGAUACAGAGAGCUUCAACUUUGUGGCUGGGCAUGAAGUAAUCUUCUCCUUGGAUCUACAGAAGGGUGUUCCUCUUUUCCAGCUAAAAGUAUCGAGUUCAUUGAAGCAUUGCCACCACAAAUAGAACUGCAAGUGCUGGUGGAGUUGCUGUUGCUAAUUUACAUUCUAGAAAGAGAGAAUGCUCCUCUGGAUGAGACAAAGGAGAUCUAACCAAAUUUCUCACUUACCUCAUAAGCUCACCUCUUUGCUGAGUGUUGCUUUCAUAUCAUCCAAUUGCUCAAAUAUAUCCACAGAAGAUAAAAUUGGAAUCAACAGCAUAGUCAGAAUAAUUAACGACCAUCCAUUUCCUGAUCAACCACUUCAUCCCACCCUUCGCCAAUACAUUCCUCUCAAUGUCCUUUCCAACACCUUUGUGGAGAAUGUUCUGGGUCGUCUAUUUGCAGCCCACUCCAAUGGUCUUAAAGCACUUGAAUUCUUCAAAUUUUUCCUCCACGAUUCACAGUUCUGCCCAAGUGCAGAUGCUUUUGAAAAAACGCUCCACAUCCUUGCACGGAUGCGAUACUUUGAUAAAGCUUGGGAACUGAUGGAAGAAAUCAGGCGGAGACAUCCUUCCUUGCUUACCCUCAAGUCAAUGAGUAUCAUGUUGUCAAAAAUUGCAAAGUUCCAAUCUUUUGAAGAUACCCUGGAUGCAUUUCUGAGAAUGGAGAAUGAUAUAUUUGUUGGCAGGAAGUUUGAUACUGAUGAGUUCAAUGUACUACUUAAAGCAUUUUGCACACAGAGGCAGAUGAAGGAGGCACGGUCAGUGUUCCUAAAGAUGCAUUCUCGAUUUCCACCCAAUACCAAGACCAUGAAUAUCUUACUCUUGGGGUUCAAGGAAGCGGGUGAUGUUACUGCAGUAGAAUUACUCUACCAUGAAAUGGUUCAGAGAGGCUUUAAGCCAAAUAGUAUAACUUACAAUAUUAGAAUCGAUGCUUACUGUAAGAAAGGUUGCUUUGGUGAUGCUUUGAGACUCCUUGAAGAAAUGGAACAGGUGAAUUGCUUUCCUACUCUAGAAACAAUUACUACUCUGAUUCAUGGAGCUGGGAUUGUUCGAAAUAAAAUCAAGGCACAGCAAUUAUUUGAAGAAAUUACUUUGAGGAACUUGCACCCUGAUACUGGGGCUUACAAUGCUUUGAUGAGUUCCCUUGUUAGAUCGAAAGAUGUGAAUUCUGCUGUAGCUUUGAUGAAUGAGAUGGAAGAGAAGAAUUUUGAGCAUGAUAGUAUGACCUAUCAUAUCAUUUUCUUAGGAUUGAUGAGGUCAAAAGGCAUCGAGGGCGUUUGUGAGCUAUACCACAAGAUGGUUGAGAGAAAUUUUGUGCCCCAAACACGAACAGUGGUUAUGUUAUUGAAGAUUUUCUGUGAGAAUAGCCGGCUUGAUUUGGGUUUGAAUCUGUGGAAUUACCUUAUAAAAAAUGGCUAUUGUCCUCAUGGCCAUGCAUUGGAUCUUUUGGUGACAGGACUGUGUUCCCGUGGGAGGGUGCACGAAGCAUUUGACUGCUCCAAACAAGUGUUGGAGAGAGGGAGGCAUAUAAGCGAGGCAGUGUCUCGGAUGUUGGAAAGAUCUCUGCUGGAGACAGGUGAGAUGGACAAGUUGAGUACACUCCACCAGAUGAUGAAAAAAUUACAAGAUGUUUUGCCCCCAUCAAAAGGGCAUGCUGUUUGUAUUUCUGCCUCAACAGAUUUGAAGUAAUAAGGUUUAUUUUAGAGCA